GGACGCUACACUUGUCCUUAAGACGGAUGCUUCAAGUUCCGCUGUCGGUGCAGUUUUGCAACAGUUAGUUGAUAACGAAUUUCAACCGCUGUCGUUUUUCUCACGGAAGCUUCAACCUGCUCAGGUCAGGUACAGCACCUUUGGUCGUGAACUGCUCGCCAUGUACUUGGUUGUGAAACAUUUCCGUCACCUUUUAGAAGGACGUCGUUUCAUACUCUUGACAGAUCACAAGCCACUGGUGUACGCUUUCCGUUCUGCCUCGGACCGUUACUCACCCCGAGAAACGCGUCAUCUGGACUAUCUUUCACAGUUUUGUGUUGAUAUUCGUUAUAUCGACGGUUCUAACA